AUGCGAUUUUUAUCCGUUUUGCCCGUCUCGCUACUGGUAUAUAGUGUGGCGGCGGCCGGUUCGCAAUGCAAAUGUGCUCCUUCAGAUCCCUGUUGGCCCUCAGACGCUGACUGGUCAGCCUUGAACGAGACCGUCUCCGGUCGUCUGAUUAAGACGAUUCCUCCCGGAUCCGUCUGCUAUCAAUCAGGGCCGAAUUAUAAUCCAUCUGCCUGUGAAUACCUGCUCAAAAAUUGGUCUAACUUCGAGUAUCACUCAUCCAAUCCGGUGACGGUCUCAGAUCCCCUAUGGUCGAAUAACACCUGCACUCCAAUCUACCCCAAUGGUACCAGUGUCUCGGGGGAUCCAAGUGCGGGUGCUAAGGGAUGCUCUCUGGGAUAUUUGUCUCCCUAUGUUGUGAAUGCAACCACGGCACAGCAGGUCCAGGCUACUUUGAAGUUUGCGAAGGAGCACAACGUGAGACUCAAUAUCAAGAACACUGGACAUAAUCCGGAGAAGAGUUCUGCCGCUGGAAGUUUGUCCAUUUGGACACACCACAUGAAACAGUUCAAAAUCCAUCAGGCCUUCAAACCUUCAAACUGCAGCUCCGCCAACAGUCACAUGGCAGCGACUGUCGGCGCUGGGAUUCAAGAUGGUGAACUCCUUGGCCUGCUAGCCAAGCGCAAUUUGACGGCUGUUGCAGGAACAAGCAUGGAUGUUGGCGUUGCUGGAUGGGCAACCGGAGGUGGUCACGGUGUCCUGACUGGAGUCUACGGCAUGGGCGCCGAUAAUAUCAUUCAGGCCACCGUCGUCACACCCAAUGGUGACCUUGUGACAGCCAACGAAUGCCAAAACAAAGACCUCUUCUGGGCGAUCCGGGGUGGUGGUGGCGGGACAUUUGGUGUUAUUCUGAGCCUUACAGUCAACACCUAUCCGAUGCCAUCGCUUUCGACCGCUACGGUGUCCAUGACCGCUCGUAAUGGAACGUCCGCCCAGACAUGGUGGAGGGCUAUUGCAGGCAUCCACAAGGAAAUGGUCAAGCUUCAGAAUGCAGGUGUGAUGGGCUAUUACACUGCUGGUGGAUCGCCUUACAGCUUCCAGUACACGAUGUUCCAGCUCAAUACGACUAACACUACCUCAAUUGACCGCCUAAUCAGCCCGCUCAUGAUCCACGUCCAAAAACACAAUGACAGCGUUGAUUCUUCAUCAUUCUCUUCGUGGUUGCCAGUUUGGUAUGCCAUCGAGAAGAUUAUGCCGUCAGGUGGGGAUGCUGGUCUCAACUAUGGGGCCCGUGCAACCCGGCUGAUUCCUCGCAAGGCCAUUGAGGAUACAGACUCCCUUGCGGAGACCCUCGAAAUUAUUGGAGAAAGGAAUGAAGCCUUCGCGGAUGGAGUCUCCAAUCCCUCCCUUUCUGGCACUAUGACGAUUAGUCACAGGCCAGUCGACAGCUCGUUGAACCCAGCUUGGCGGGAUGCCGCUGUUCAUUUGAUUAGCAGUGUACAAUGGAAUGACCUCCUGCCUGCUUCUGCUGCUGAAAAGGCUAUUGCGGAGGUGACGAAUACUACAGGAUACGCCAUGCGACAGCUCGCCCCAGACUCUGGGGUGUACUACAAUGAGGCCAACCCUUGGGAACCCAACUGGCAGUGGGCAUUCUGGGGACCAAACUAUCCCCGGAUUCUUUCGAUCAAGCAAAAGUAUGACCCGGAUAACCUCUUGUGGUGCCACCACUGUGUGGGAAGUGAGUCGUUUGUGCAGCAGAACAAUGGCUCUCUAUGUGCUGUCUUUUGA